AUGAAGGGCGUCCUCAGCCUUUCGCUGCUGCCGUUGUUGACGGUUGCGUCACCGGUCAUGCCCAGCACCAUCCACAACAACGCAGCUCCCAUUCUCUCUUCAUCCAACGCCGUUGAGGUCCCAGAUUCUUACAUCAUUGUCUUCAAGGACCAUGUAGAUUCAACUUCUGCUGCAGCCCAUCACAACUGGGUGCAAGACAUUCACAGCCAACACAGCGAGCUCCGAAAGCGGUCUCAGUUCCCGUUCGCUGACGAUGCCUUUGCCGGUCUUAAACACACUUUUGAUAUUGCCGGCAGCUUUCUCGGUUACUCAGGACACUUCGAAGAGAAUGUCAUUGAAGCCAUUCGCCGACACCCUGAUGUUGAUUACAUCGAGAAGGACUCUCUUGUCCACACCAUGGAAGAUCCCGCACUUGAGAAGAACGCUCCAUGGGGUCUGGCUCGUAUCUCUCACCGUGAGAGCUUGAGCUUCGGAAGCUUCAACAAGUACUUGUACGCUGCCGACGGCGGUGAGGGUGUUGAUGUUUAUGUCAUUGACACUGGUACCAACAUCGACCACGUCGAUUUCGAGGGUCGUGCUUCCUGGGGCAAGACUAUCCCCACUGACGAUGAGGAUGUUGAUGGCAAUGGCCACGGUACUCACUGCUCCGGAACUAUUGCUGGCAAGAAGUACGGUGUUGCCAAGAAGGCCAAUGUUUACGCUGUCAAGGUCUUGAAGUCUAACGGUUCUGGUACCAUGUCCGACGUCGUUCAGGGUGUCGAAUGGGCUGCUACUCAGCACAUUAAGAAGGUCAAGGACGCCAAGGCUGGAAAGGCCAAGGGCUUCAAGGGUAGCGCUGCCAACAUGAGUCUUGGUGGUGGCAAGUCCGUCACUCUUGACAAGGCUGUCAACGCCGCUGUUGAUGCUGGUAUUCACUUCGCUGUCGCUGCUGGCAACGACAACGCCGACUCCUGCAACUACUCCCCUGCCGCUGCCGAGAAGGCCGUCACCGUCGGAGCUUCUACCUUGGCUGACGAGCGUGCUUACUUCUCUAACUACGGCAAGUGCAACGACAUCUUUGCUCCUGGUCUCAACAUUCUCUCUACCUGGAUCGGCAGCAAGUACGCCGUCAACACCAUUUCCGGUACUUCUAUGGCUUCUCCUCACGUUGCUGGUCUUUUGGCCUACUUCCUCUCUCUUCAGCCUGCCAGCGAUUCUGCCUUUGCUGUUGCCGAGAUUACUCCUAAGAAAUUGAAGGAGAACCUCAUUGCCAUCGGUACUCAGGGCGCUCUUACUGAUGUUCCCUCUGAUACCACCAACAUCCUCGCCUGGAACGGUGGUGGUUCAGCUAACUACACCGACAUUGUUGCCCAGGGUGGUUACAAGACCAAGACCGUCAGCAGCGAAGUUGACGAAUUGAUCAACAAAUUGGAGGUCGUGAACGAGGAACUCGGUGCCAUCUACAGCCACAUCAAGGAUGCCAUCGUCGCAUAA